AUGAAACUGCUCGUUUCUCGGAGCCAAGAGGGCGAGCGCAUGUCAGAGGUCGCCCGCGGGCUCCCACAGCUUCCGGCCAGCGGCCUCUCGACGACGAUUCAGGUCGUAACAGGCGUUCUGGUGGUCUUUUCCACCCUCGUGGUCGGUCUUCGCGUCUACGUGAGGUUCAGGCUGUCGGAAUCGAAAAAGAUAUGGGGCUGGGACGACGUUUUUGCCGUUCUUGGGUGGGUUUUUUUCUUGCCAUCAGUUGCCUUUAUCCUCAUCGCGACGUGUUAUGGGCUUGGCGCACACGAUGCCCAAAUCCCCGAAGGACAGCUUGUCUACUACCAAAUCAAGGUUAAGGAAGACAUGUUUUGGUGCGAAGUCGUAUACUUCACCUCGACUGUCAUGACCAAGCUCUCCAUGUCCAUUAUGAUUGUGCGGUUGAGCACUACCAGAAUAUAUGCGUACAUUAUCUGGGGGAGUAUGGCUUUGCUAGCUGUUAACUUGAUUGUCUGUAUGGCUAUCUGGUUAGGGAGCUGUUCUCCUGUACCAGCUCUAUGGAAUGAGAACCUUGGCUACUGCCGUCUUCGUAACGGAUGGAUACUUGCUGCUUACAUUGGCACUGUCGUCCUGGCUAUUGUGGACUGGACAUGCGCAAUAACGCCAUUCUUCCUCAUCCGGGGCCUACAAAUGCCAAAACGUCGUAAGAUUUCGUUACAAAUCAUACUCAGCUUGGGCAUCAUUGGCAGUAUUGCCGGCCUAGUCCGCUUAGGAUACUACUAUUCAUACGAUACCAAAACAUAUCCGAACGAGUCUCUUUAUAAUUGGGGACAGUCAGUCUUAUGGUCGGUCCUGGAGGGCGGCUUAGGAGUAAUGACCUGCUCUAUGCCACCACUUCGCAAACUCGCUAGCACCUACUUCCGUGGAUCCACUAGCGAAAAUAGCAAAAAGUCAUCGGGGAACACUGCCGUGGACAACACUGAACUUCGAACGGUUAGACUGUCGUGUAACGGAGGAAAGUGGAACCAACUGCCUAGUCACCCCUAA